CCCUGCUCCGAUCACCCCACCCCCUACAAACCCCUCUGUAAUUAUUCAUACAAAACACUAAUUUCAAGAAAAUGGGUUGUUUAUUGAACUUAAACUAGCUUAAAUUUGGUAUAUUUUUGUUGUUCUAUUUAUAGAAAACUCUGUUUUUUUUCUUCUUCUUCUUAAUAAUAAUAUAUAGUAUUUGCUUGCUCUGACAAUAUAUAUACAUAUACAAGUGUAUUUGUAUAUGUAUUUACAGAGCUAGGGUUUGAUUCUUGAGAUUUGAUUAGCUUAAGAGUGAAUAAAUAAGCUGAUUUUCAGUCACUCAAUAAGUUCUGUAAAUACAUACAUGUCAAUACUAAGGCGUAGGAAAGGCACAGAAAACAAGAAAACAGAGCCGGAGUAUGAAGAAUUUAAGGAGAAGAAGAGUUUGAGGGAGUUAAAGGGGAGGGGAAGAUGGAGUUGUGUGGAUGGUUGUUGUUGGUUUGUUGGUUGUAUAUGUUGUAUAUGGUGGUUAUUGUUGUUUCUUUACAACGCAAUGCCAGCAUCUUUUCCACAGUAUGUGACGGAGGCGAUAACGGGGCCCUUGCCGGAUCCACCAGGAGUCAAAUUGGCUAAGGAAGGGCUAAGAGCUAAGCAUCCCGUGGUAUUUGUACCUGGGAUUGUCACUGGUGGACUUGAGUUGUGGGAAGGACAUCAAUGUGCUGAAGGUUUGUUUAGGAAGAGACUGUGGGGUGGUACUUUUGGUGAAUUGUACAAAAGACCUCUUUGCUGGGUGGAACAUAUGUCACUUGAUAAUGAAACUGGAUUGGAUCCUUCUGGUAUAAGGAUUAGACCUGUCUCUGGGCUUGUAGCAGCUGAUUACUUUGCUCCAGGUUAUUUUGUUUGGGCUGUUUUAAUUGCCAAUUUGGCUCGCAUUGGAUAUGAGGAGAAAAACAUGUAUAUGGCUGCCUAUGAUUGGAGGAUCUCAUUUCAGAACACUGAGGUGCGAGAUCAAACCCUAAGCAGAAUUAAAAGUAACAUAGAACUCAUGGUGGCUUCAAGUGGUGGGAAAAAGGUGGUUAUAAUUCCGCACUCAAUGGGUGUUCUAUACUUCUUGCAUUUCAUGAAAUGGGUAGAGGCGCCAGCUCCAAUGGGUGGAGGAGGUGGAUCAGAUUGGUGUGCUAAACAUUUAAAAGCAGUAAUGAACAUUGGAGGACCCUUUUUGGGUGUCCCGAAAGCAGUCUCAGGUUUAUUCUCAGCUGAAGCCAAGGAUAUUGCUGCUGCCAGGUCUAUGGCCCCAAGUUUCUUAGAAAAUGAAAUGUUCAACUUUCAAACUUUACAGCAUGUAAUGCGAAUGACUCGUACAUGGGAUUCAACAAUGUCAAUGAUACCUAAAGGUGGGGACACAAUCUGGGGUGGACUGGAUUGGUCCCCUGAAGAAGGCCAUGAAUGUAAUGAAAAGAAGCCAAAGAAUAAUAGCACCCAGACAUCAGAGAGUGACAGGACCAGAAAGUCGGCUAAUGCUACUCGUGUGAAGUAUGGAAGAUUAAUAUCAUUUGGGAAGCAUGUAGCUAAUUUGCACUCAUCAGAGAUUGAGAGGAUUGACUUCAGAGAUGCUCUUAAAGGUAAAAGUCAUGCCAAUUCCACUUGCCGUGAUGUGUGGACUGAGUACCAUGAUAUGGGUAUUGGAGGUGUCAAAGCUGUUGCAGAUUACAAAGUUUACACAGCUGGAUCUGUUUUGGAUCUUCUUCAUUUUGUUGCACCAAAGUUGAUGAAGCGUGGUAGUGCUCAUUUUUCAUAUGGAAUUGCUGAUGAUCUGGAUGACAAAAAAUACGAACACUACAAAUAUUGGUCAAAUCCCCUGGAAACAAAAUUGCCCAAUGCACCAGGGAUGGAAAUCUUCUCAAUGUAUGGAGUUGGAAUCCCAACUGAAAGAGCCUAUGUAUACAAACUAAGUCCUGGUGGAGAUUGCUAUAUUCCUUUCCAGAUAGAUACUUCGGCUGAGGGUGGAAGUGAAAGUCCUUGCUUGAAAGGCGGUGUCUUUCAUAUAGAUGGAGAUGAGACUGUACCUAUUCUAAGUGCAGGUUACAUGUGUGUGAAAGGGUGGAGAGGAAAGACCCGAUUUAAUCCAUCAGGCAUCCGUACAUUUAUAAGAGAGUACAAUCACGCCCCUCCAGCUAAUCUUUUAGAGGGAAGGGGAACGCAAAGUGGUGCACACGUUGAUAUAAUGGGAAAUUUUGCACUUAUUGAAGAUAUCAUUAGAGUAGCUGCUGGGGCUACUGGAGAAGACCUGGGAGGAGAUCAAUUAUACUCGGGUAUUUUCAAGUGGUCUGAAAGGAUUAAACUGAAGCUUUAGAUUUCAAAUGAAUUUCAUGGGUGCAAUCAAUUGGUUUGAGGAACUGGUGGUGCUCUACUAUACGUCUUGCUUCUCGUCUCCUGGCUGAAACAUCUGCUGUAUACUUGAAACAAUAAUACUCUGGGAAACCUGAAGCUGCAAAUGUCGCAGGAAGCAUGGAUGUAUAGGUAAAUUUUGGACAUAACAUUGAUUUUUUGCCUGUAAUUAUAUGAUCCUUGAUAGCAUAGUGUAGUCUGUAGACCUAAUAUUGGAGCACAAGUACUGCAUUUAUAUGUUCAAUUAUUACACAGCACACAAGGAGGGACAAGUGUAUUUCUAUCGUGGGUUAUUUGAAAUUUAUAAGUAAAUAUUUACUCAUAGGUUUUGUUU